UUUAAUUAUUUAAAUAGAUAAUGAUUUCUUAGUCACACUGACUCUAACACCACACUUGCCAGACCGAGGAAAGAAGCAACUGCCAGUUCCUUCCAAUCUAAUGUUGGCUAUUUGAUGCAGAUAUUGUGCUUAUGGGUUCUUUGUUUAGCAUGACUAAUACCAAGAGCAAUCAAAGUGAGCCUAAGGAAAUCUCUUGUAAUGAGACCUGCAAGAGGCAAAGAAUGUCAGCAGCCACAGCUGAAGAAUGUCCAAGGCUUAUUCCUAAUCUCCCUGAUGAGUUAUCCAUUCAGAUUAUUGCUAGACUUCCUAGAGUUUGUUACUACAAUAUAAGGCUGGUGUCUAGGAAGUGGAAAGCAACUAUCAUGAGUUCUGAAUUGUAUAAAGUAAGGAAAGAGAUUGGAACAACCGAAGAGUGGCUAUAUCUGCUGGUUAGGGAUAUGGAAAACAAACUCUUAUGGCAUGCUCUAGACCCGCGUUCCGGAAUAUGGCAGAGACUUCCGGUGAUGCCCAGUGUCGUCGAUGUAGAAAAUUCUCGGAAGGGUUCUUCUAGGUUUUGGAUGUGGAACAUGGUUGAAGGUAUCAGAAUUGCUGAGAUUAUCAGAGGUCUUCUUGGACGGAAGGAUGCACUGGAUGACAUGCCUUUUUGUGGUUGUUCCUUUGGAGCUGUUGAUGGAUGUCUCUAUGUUCUGGGUGGAUUCUCUAAAGCUUCAACUAUGAAAUCUGUUUGGCGAUAUGAUCCAAUACAAAAUGUAUGGAAGAAGAUUGAUUCUAUGUCUACAGGUAGAGCAUAUUGCAAGACAGGAAUCUUAAACAACAAGCUUUAUGUUGUUGGAGGGGUUAGUCAAGGUCAAGCAGGGUUGAUUCCUCUUCGGUCUGCUGAGGUUUUUGACCCUUUUACUGAUACAUGGUCUGAUGUACCUAGUAUGCCAUUUUCCAGAGCUGGAGUGCUGCCUACAGUUUUUCUGGCUGACAUGUUAAGGCCUAUUGCCACCGGGCUAACCUCGUACAAAGGGAGGUUAUAUGUUCCUCAGAGUUUGUAUUCAUGGCCCUUUUUUGUUGAUGUUGGGGGAGAAAUAUAUGAUCCAGAGACAAAUUCAUGGAUAGAAAUGCCAAAUGGAAUGGGUGAAGGAUGGCCAAUUAAGCAGGCAGGAACAAAACUGAGUGUUGUGGUGAAUGAUGAAUUAUAUGCUUUUGAUCCUUCAAAUUCUGUGGAUAAUGGAAGGAUCAAGGUGUAUGAUGAAGGAGAGGAUGCAUGGAAAGUUGUUAUUGGAAAAGUCCCUGUAUAUGACUUUUCCAAUUCAGAGUCUUCUUAUCUGUUAGCAGGUUUCCAUGGAAAGCUUCAUUUCAUUGCAAAAGAUUCCAAGCGUGAUAUUGCUGUUCUGCAGGCUGUUCCAUGCAGCAAUUUGGAUUAUUCAGCAUCAGCCUCAACCUCAACACCUCCAUCACCCAAAUUCAUGGAGGAUGAUGAAUUGUUCAUAGAUUCGGCUGCAGAAACAGAUACAGUUGUUUGGGUAGAAGUUGCCAAUAAGAGUUUUGGACAGGCUGAACUCAUCAACUGCCAAGUUAUUGAUAUCUAAACUCAUACCAAGCAACAAAUCUCACAGUCAAUAUCUCAGUUUACUGUAAGUUAUGCAUCGUAAUAAUGAGUUAUGUAAUAGUUUCUAUUUAGUUAGUAUUACUAUGAGAAGUAAAUGGGUUGCAUACUUUUGCUUGUUGCUAGGAACUCAAAUAUAAUAGGUUAAAUUACAUAUAUGGUCUCUAUUUUGGUUCAGUCAAUCCAAUUCUAUAAUUUGAUAUUUUUUUGAA